AUCUUGUUUUUAAUGAAGUGUCAUUAACGAAGUGCUGCUUUCGCUUGAAAACCUGCAGUUAAGUCAGUCGCACGCUUGUUUGCUUUACACCCUUUGUCCCAGAUUUACAGACCUGUCCCCUGCUCCGUUCCCAUUUUGCCCUGAGACUGAAGUCCUGCUCUGCUCGAGCUGUGAUGCCUGCUGUGUGUGCCCUGCAGCUUUCCCGAGGAGCAGGCAGAUGGCAGUGUGCUCUCGUGCCUCCAGCAGGAGCUCGUCACGUCCAAGCAACAGCUCCAAAAACAAGGUGGAACAGCUUCAAAAAACAAACAAAAAAGGCUAAGAGCACAGUCAUUACCAGCUGGAUUACUCAGCAGAUCAGCAUUCAACUGUUCCUGCAGAAAUAUGGCUACCUGGGAGCACCACAGCCAGGCCAGCUCAGCCCUGUGGAGUUCACAGCAGCACUGAGGGAUUUCCAGCGUGUGAGCCACCUCCCUCCCAGCGGGGUGCUGGACGUCCCCACGCUUCGGCAGAUGGGCCGUCCUCGCUGCGGGACGGGCGAUGGGGAGAGCCGCCCCACGGCCCCGCGCCGCAGGCGCUCCAUGCAGCACGGCAGCAAGUGGCACAAGAGGCACCUGACGUACCGCGUGGUGAACUGGCCCCCGUACCUGCCGCAGCACGAGGUGCGCCUGGCUGUCAGGGCUGCCUUUGAGCUCUGGAGCAACGUCUCCUCGCUGGUGUUUUGGGAAGCACGGGAUGGCCCGGCUGACAUCCGUCUGACCUUCUUCCACGGGGACCACAACGAUGGGAUCAACAAUGCCUUCGAUGGGCCAGGGGGAGCCCUGGCCCACGCCUUCUUCCCCCGACGUGGAGAAGCCCACUUUGACAGCGCCGAGCGCUGGUCCCUGCACAGUGGCAAAGGCCGCAACCUCUUUGUGGUCGUUGCACACGAGGUGGGGCACACACUGGGGCUGGAGCACUCGCCCACCAAGAGUGCCCUCAUGUCACCCUACUACAAGAAGCUCGGCAAGGACUUUGUUCUCAACUGGGAUGACAUCUUGGCCAUCCAGAACUUGUAUGGAAAGCCCUCCAGGGGCUUGGCCAUCCAGCUGCCAGGAAGGGUCUUCACUCACUUCCAGGACUGGAGUGGGGACCUGUAUGGUGAGGAACAUCAACGGCGGAGCCUCAGCACCUACUACUGCAGCUCCUUCUUCGAUGCCAUAACUGCUGACACAGAACACAACCUGUAUAUCUUCAAGGGCAGCCACUUCUGGGUGGUAUCAGCCAGCGGCAACACCAGCCAGCCUCAACCCUUGCACAUGCGCUGGCCAGGGCUGCCUGCCGGUAUCGAUGCCUGUGCCUACUCCCCAUUCAGCCACAGCUUCUACUUCUUCAAAGGUGGUCGAUGCUGGAAAUACCGUGGCUCCACCUUGGUGUCUGGCUUCCCCCAGAAGUGCAGUGCCCACGGCCUGCCCCGCCACCCCGACACAGCCCUCUACUUCCAACAGCUCCGGCGCCUGGUGCUCUUCAAAGGAGCCAAAUACUUCGUGCUGAGCGAGGAGACCCUCGCCCUGGAGCCCUACUACCCCCGCAGCCUGCGAGACUGGGACGGCGUACCCCCUGGCACAGCAGGGGCCGUGGUGCACCGCGAUGGCUUCCUCUACUUCUUUCGGGAUGACCGCUACUGGCGGUUCAACCAGGCCAAGCUGCAGGUGGUGGCCAAUGGCAAGUGGGCUGCCGAGCUGCCGUGGAUGGGCUGCUGGGAUGCCAAUGAUGGGCACAUCCUCUUCUGAGCCAACACCAAGCAUCGCUGGGACAACAUGUUGGCUGAGCCCAUCCCACUGACUGACCCAAGGGGUCCGCUGGUCCCCAGGCCCAACACCAUGGACAACAGCGAUGAGGCUGGGAUGGAGGGUCCCACAGAUGGGCUGUGAUUCAGCCAUAAGAACACUGAUAAGCCACGGAGACUGCAAAUGUAACAUUUCUGUUAACUUUAAGGAUUUUUUUUCAAGCCAGGACUGUUUUUUGUUAAUCCUUUCUUGUUUUUUUCAUGAUCAGGCAGAGAACUGCCUUACCGAUGGGUGCUCUGGUGCUUCAGUAGUUUUAAAUGAGCGACUGAGACUGUUUUUGGUUGAAACAAGAAGAGAUUUUUGGACAUAACCGUAGGUUUAUGUCUCUAUAAACAUGGGUUUACAGUCUUUCAGGUGGCACCUGGGGCCUUGCUGCCCCAUACCUGGGGCUGAUGGAACACAGACCCCAGGACAAGCCCAGCUCUGAGCGCGCUCUGAACAAAACAGUGUGGUUUUGAGGAGGAAGUAGAGAUCUUAGGUGAAGGAACAGGGGAAAGGAGGAGCUGUGAAACAGUACAGAAGGGCUGGAGGGCAGCAGGGGACGGGCAGGGUGGAAUCUCUGCUGUAUUAUAAGGGUUAUGCUCCCUUCAUGAGCAGGGCAAGUGUUCCCUUCUCUGUCUCUCUGCAGUAGUAUUGAGUUCUGUACACCCUUCAGUCCUGUUCUGAUUUGAGAUCUUGGAGCCUUUGGGUUUGUUGUCUGUGAUAUUUGUGAAUGAACCCUUCCUGUGCAGACAUGGGGCACGCACGCAGCUCAACAUCUCAGGGGAAUUUUUUGGUGUUGCCAAAGAGACGAGGCUGCAGUGUUUCAUCUUGAAUAAGAUGGUAAUAAUGCAACAUCACUUGCAUCUUUCCAGGAGCCUGGAGACCUGAAGGUGAAUAAAGUGAACAUCCAGAUUCA